GGAGUUCAAUUCAAAACUAUGGUAUCAGAAGCUGAUAUGUUGCAAUGUCCAGGAUGUGAGAUGGUAGAAGAGGAAAUAGUUACAGUGAAUGAAACCACAAGAACCUCCCCUUAGAAACAAGUUUAAAAACAUGUUUUUAGGAGAGCUUUAAUUUACUUUUCAAUUAUUUGCUGAAAGCUGUGAUAUCAGUAGUCUUGGCUGAGGUCUCAAAAUCUCUACAUUAGCAAUUCCAAGAAAAUGAUGUGUCUUGGUCUACUAAUUACAAUAUCUUACUUCUCUCACUUUGCAGCCAGCAGCGGGCCAGAGCUUUCGGUCAUGCAGUACCCUGAAGAUGCCAGCGUGCUCCUUAACUCCACGGUGUGGAUGCUGUGCGUAUUUGAGUACCCCAGCGAGGAGAACGAGGAGCCAGUGGUGUACUGGAGGAAAGGCCCCGACUGCCGCAGCCAGCAGAGCCUCCAGCCGAGCCCGGGUGCGGGCAGGCCUCAGGUGCACAUUACAAAGGACACCCUCAGGGGAUUUUCCAUCUUAAAACUGAGCAACGUUGACCAGAAUGCCAGUAACUCCUAUUUCUGUGACGUGACUCUAACGCAUAAAAUCCAGGGCAAACGUGGAAACGGCACCAGGCUGACUGUGCAUGAUUUCAAAUGCAAAGACUGCGUAAAAUCAGAUAAGACCUGGUGGGGCUGGUUCCUUCUUCUUGGAUACACCAUCUUUGCCACUACAGUUAUCAUAGCUUUCAGUAUUCACCAGUGCUGUAAAAAGUGCAAGAAUGAGUCAAGAAAUACAGAUAGCAGUGCCACCCUGCCAAGUGAAUGGAUUUAUGACCGGCCAUCCAAACCAGUUAAUAAUGGGUUUAAUCAAGAAUAUGAAGACAUGUCACUAAUAAGAACUUUCAGUGACAUUGGAAGGAAAAUGACAUGAAAAACAAGGUCCAUGCAUUUGUAACUAUGAUAUGAGCAUCUGUGAUGUGUACUACUUCUAUCAAGGUAUAAAAGAAACAUACACACAAAUCACUUUAUUAACUUGGAAUAUAUUUUGUUCAGGCUUUAUCGUGUAUUUAUUUCAAACUAAAGAAGCUACCACUCCAUGCAACUACAGAUGAAAUGAGCUUUAGUAUAUGUAACUAUCAUCAAAAUGCUGUAAAAUCUAAAGGUAUUCAAACCUCUUCUCAAUGCCAUAAAAUCUCACCACACGUUUUUUUUUUCUACUUCAUACAUAAGAACACAGUUGAAAUUUUGUUUUUACACCGAUUAAGACAGCUUCUUUGCUUUACAAAUGUAAUUCUGUAAUGCAGUAUCUGUCCACUGUAAUGACAGAUUUAAAGAAGAGUUUGUCAGUGCAGAAUUCCUCACAUGCUCCCCAGCGCACUGUUGGAUCUUGUUUCUAACUCCUUACGCAUCCCCCACAUUUACAAAUCCCUGCAAAUCCUUCCACUUUUAGUUAUGUCACUCACGUAAUGCAUAUUGGAUACAUGCACCUCUCAAUAGAACAAAAAUACUUCAUGUGUUUUUAAAAGUUGUAACAUGCUUUCUGAAGUAACAUUGAUUACUGAAAUCACCUUGGCACGUAGAUAGGCUAGAUAGAUAAGAGUUUACUGCUAUAGGGCUUAUCCUCACUGUGAUGUGCCAUACCUAAGACUGUAACAUAACCUAUUUGGAUUUUAAAAAGUGUCUUUUAAACUUGCUUUAAAGUACUUAGAAUACUUGUGGAAUUUAUGUCAAUAACAACAAUAGAACUAAGCUGCAUAGAAAGAGCUUAUCAUAAUUUGCACUGUAAUGCAUUGUAAUGAAGUACUUGAGGAACUGCUGCCUUGGUAGAGUUAUAUUAAAUACUUUGACAAAAUAUUUAAAAUGUUGAAAAUUAUUUUUUUUUCUUUUUUUUGCCCAGUCAAAUAUUUCAAGCUGAAUAUUGUGUUUCAAAUUUGCUUAACACUGAAAAUAUAUUAUGUGAAAGGAAACAGUUCAUAGAAUAAAAUGACAGACCCUACAGUCCUAUACAUUAAUUGUGCAGCAGUUAUAAAUUGAGUGAACUCUGUUCACUCAAAAGGGGGCAGCCAGUCAUAUAGUUGACACUCAGGCCUGGACAUUAAGAAGUGGAUACACUGCUAGCUGGAUUCAGCUUCAUCACUGGCCUCUUUUUCUAAAAUAUUUCCUUAUUCUAUCAGUAACGAUGCCAAAUAACUUUCAUUUAAGAAUUUGAUCUGAGCAUUUGAUUCCUUUUGGUGAAAGUGAUGGCUAAUAAACAUAGAAAAAGUGAAAUGUGACUUUCAAAGGGACAGACAGACUGUGCUUGAGCAUUUGAAGAGGGGGAAGACAAUCAUGAAGGAUCCUUUUUUUUUUUUAUUUUUUUAGUUAGACAGUGGGAAUUAAACAAUGGUCUUCCCUCCUCCUCUACCUAGAAUGGGAACUGACUGCAGCUGCAGUCAUACACAUUUAGGUUUCCAGAGACAGUAAAUCACAUUCUAAUUGUGGAUGUAAAUAUGUAAUUCAUUUCUUUUCCAGUGAAACUAUUUCCUCAGAAGUACUUCAAAUUUCCUAUUUUAAGAAUCUUUUAAGAUUAAAAUCCUUGUUGUGUAUAUGUUUAACUCUUAAUUUUAAAAUUAAAAUUGUAAGUUGGGUUAAAUAUUAAGGGGUAAAUACAGGGAAUGUUUAUACAUUUAACAUGGAGCUUUAGAGGAGAGAGUAACAGCCAUUCCAUCCUUUAAAAUGCAAGGUGUGAUGCCCAUCUGAGCCAAGGAUGCAGUUUUGUGAAGAGAAAAAGGGAAGGCAGCAUUCACUGAACCAAAGUCACCUUCAAGUACCAGCACAAAAAGGUCAACGCAUUCAGUAAAACCUUCCCGCUCUGGCAUUUUGGCAAAAAUGACAAGAAAUCAUACCUAGUCUAGCAGACAUAAAUAGAAGGUGCAUUUAAAAAGCAUCUCAUUCAGAUAACUCAUGCACUCGAAUGGGGCUGUUUUCUUUCCACUUUAUAACACUGCCUCCACUUCAGAUCAAUGGCCUUUCAAAUGAAGGCCAACGUGAUUUCUGCACUUUUUCACGUUUCUCUGAAACAGCUGAGCUAUUUUCUACAUAGUGUUUCCAAAGAAGUUGGACAUAAACUUCCAGCCUGAAAGGUUAAAUAUUCAGAAAGUUCUGGGGGACUGAAAACAAGUAAUAGGUAAUAUGUUCCAUCAUCUACCACAAACAGCACAAGGAUAGUGAAAAGACAUUAUCUGUUAUAUUGCAGUCAGCAAGGUCACGGAUUUUUAUGGCCGCUUAGCACAGAAUGAAACAUCAGGACUGAAUUUAGAAUGAGUUUGGAACACAAACACUUCUUAAUAUUAGGCAUAUGAAAUAUCACUUUUUUCCACUUAUACCUGUUUGUAAUAAAGUAUACACUGUUAAAAAAGUUAAUAUUUAUAUGAAAUGCUGAUCCUACAGUAAGUCAAAGAAUUACAGAACCACUGGUUCGAGGGGACCUCUGGAGAUCACGCGUUCUAAUUCCCCUACUCAAUCAGGGUAAGAUCGAGCCAGUUGCACAGGACCAUAUCCAGAUGGCUUUUGAAUAUCCACAAGGAAGACUCCACAACCUCUCUGAGCAACCCAUCCCAGUCAUUAGUCAGUCUCACAGUAAAGUAUUUCCUGACGUUCAGGUGGACCCUCCUGUGUUUCAGGUUGUGCCCAUUGACUCUGGUCCUGUCACUGGGCACUACUGAAAUAAGCCUGGCUCUGUCUUCCUCAUUCCUUCCCAUACAAAUUGAUAAGAUCCCCCUGAGCCUUCUCUUCUCCAGGCUACAUAGUUCCAGCUCGC